AUGGCGAGCGGCGUAAGGGAUUCGAGCAAGAAUAGCCGCGGUUUAUUUCUUCAAUUACACAAUGUUUCUUCUGCGGAUCUUCUUUGGGAUGAAAAAAAAAGUAGAAAAAGGAAAGCUAAUGUUUCUUCUGAUUAUUUUGCCGUGGAAAGGUUAAUCUCGAGGAGGACAUCACAUGGAACGGUUCAAUAUUUGGUGAAAUGGAAGGGAUACAGCGCGUUUCAUAAUAGUUGGGAAGAUGAAGAUAACUUGACUACCGAUCUUAUUAGAACUUAUGACAAGCCAAUUGUUGAUAAAGAGAGGCUAACUCGAAACGUUGAUAAUCUGAGAUUAUCAGUCCUCUUUAAAUUAAGAAGUAAAUCAAGGUCUAAUGCUAUUUUGGACUUUGAUCAUGAUUGUUUUCGUUUUUUGUUUUAUGGUAAAGGAAGGGAGGGAAGGGAGAAGGGGUAUACUUUGUUAGAUAAGGAUGAUUUUAAAAAAUGUGAUUUACCAGAAAACUGGGAUAGGGUUAUUGAUUGUAAUGGGGAUGGGGUAAGGGUUAAAUAUCCAUUUAAAAUUAGAUUGUUUUUAGCAAAAUCACCAAAAACAUAUUCUAUUAUAAAUGGGAAAAUUCAAGAAGAUCAGAGAAUGUUAAUUGAGAAACUAUCAAUUGAUUUCAGUCGCCAACCUGUAACUAUUCAAUCAUAGAUAUUAUAAACAGAAAGUGAAAUUGAAAUUAACUGUAAAUGGCUUUAGGGACUGUAAGGGGUUCCACCUGAACGCAAAAGCUGAUAAGAAUAUGACCAACAAGUGAGUUGAAUGUACAAAAUAUACAUGGCCCCUAUCUAAUAACCCUAGGCUUA